GGAAAAGGCCUGAAAAGCCCAGCAAACCCAGUCAUCAUGUUCGUCCUUCGAAUCCAGUCCGUCGACUUCCCCGCCUUCGCCGACGAAGUCGGCACCAGCGGCGGCGGCGCGGCCGCCACCACAUCCCACCCCCUCUCCCCGCGCUCCAGCCACCCUCCCCCCUCCACCACGCCCUCCUCCACAAACCCCCUCGAGCUUCCCGGGGCGACCUCCGCCGCGCACGCCCGAAACCCUAGUAUCCACCACACCCGCGGCGUCCUUCACCUCUAUCGCUUGUCCCCCACCACUUCCUCUUCCUCCUACGCCUCCGCCGUCGUCGCCACCUCCUCGUCCUCCUCCUCCGGGCCGACCGCCCCGCAGCCCGCCUCCGACUCGCUGCUCCCGCCAUGGCGCGGCACACGCCUCCUGGUGCUCGCCGUCCCGACGCACGUCUCGCCGGACGACUUCGUCCGCUUCUGUGGCCCCUACGUCGAGCGCGCCACCGACAUCCGUUUCAUCAGGGACGAUGGAGUGGAGGAUCGGUACAGCGUGCUUGUGGAGUUUGAGGACCAGAAGAGCGCCGAUGGGUUCUACCUGGACCUCAAUGGCUGGAGGUUCUCGUCCUUGGAGGGAGAGGUGUGCCAUGUUUUGUUUAUAUUUUCUGUGCAGUAUACACCGUCCACUGAGAUUGCCACGACUCCACCGAUUGGAUCCACUGAGCUCCCGACAUGUCCUGUUUGCAUAGAAAGAUUGGAUCAAGACAUCAGUGGGAUUUUGGCAACUACUUGUGAUCACUCUUUCCAGUGUUCAUGCGUUUCAGUGUGGGUCAAUUCAUCUUGUCCGGUGUGUCAGUUUUGUCAGAAGCAGUCUGAAAAUUCUACAUGUUCUGUUUGCCAAACCACCGGAAACCUCUGGAUAUGUGUGAUAUGUGGUUUUGUUGGAUGUGGAAGGUAUAAAGAAGGCCAUGCGAAACAGCACUGGAAAGACACUCAGCACUGCUAUUCGCUAGAUUUGGAAACACAACGUGUUUGGGAUUAUGUUGGUGACAGUUAUGUCCAUCGACUGAAUCAAUCCAAGAGUGACGCAAAGCAUGCUAAGUUCAAGUCAAAAUGUAAAUACUCUGGGGAUGACUGUGUAAACUGCUCUUGCAAUGAUGAUUCGGAUAUGGGUGGAGCUAUGUUCAGCAGCAAAGCUGAAACAAUCGUGGAUGAGUACAACCGACUCCUAGCAAGUCAACUCGAGACUCAGAGAGAGUAUUAUGAGGCCCUGUUGUCUGAGGCUAAGAGAGAAAGGGAACAACACGUUUCUGAAGCUGUUGAUAAAGCUGUUAAUGAUAAGCUUCAAGAGAUCCAACUUAAGCUUGAGAACCUAAUCGUGGAGAAAAAGAAAGUUGCAGACAUGAAUGAAAAACUCACUAGGAACCAAGAUGUAUGGCGUGAGACACUAAAAGAUAUAGAGGAAAGGGAAAAGGCACAGUUGAUGUCAAAGGACGAAACAAUUCGUGAUCUGGAAGAGCAGAUAAAAGAUUUCAAAUUUUCCAUUAAGUUGCAAAAGUCAAUAGAGAAGAGCACACAUGCCGAUGGUCUCAAGGGAGGUACGCUGGUGCCGCUUCCUAUGGUGUCAGAUUCUGAAGGCAAGGGUAAAAGGUCAUCAAGAACAAGCAAGAGGAGGAACUAGUAGCUUUGCUUAUAAUUGAAAGCACGUUCCUCCAGCACUUGUUGUAUAUGCAGUGGGAUUGUUGACCGGCAGUUAGUUCUGACUGGAACGAUUGUGUGCGAACCGUAAGGCCAUCUGGUCAUGUAUUACUGGUAGUUUUUCCUCAAUGCUAGCCUGUACUGUUGAAGUACAAUGUGAUACACUCCCCUCAGGAAAAUGGUACAGUGUGAUCUCAGACAUUCUGGGGAAAAGGUUAUAAUACACAGCACUACACUUUUUCAAAACCAUGAACUUGGGUCACUACACACGGAUAAUAUCAGACUGAAAUUUUGAUGA